CUCAACGUUACGCUACGGACGUGCGAGCGAGUGCGUUUGUCAUCCGAUUAAUUUUAGAGAUAAAAGUUUGUUCCCAAACUUGAAUGAGAACGGUUGUUAAAAUUAUCAGAAAGUGCUAUAAUUUCUGUUCUGCUGCAAAUAUCGUAAGUAGUGAACGAUCAAGUGCUUUGUGAAAUUUGUGUGGCAUACAGUGGUGCAAGUUGUGAAACAAAAUAAAUAAUGAAUAACAGCACGAGAGUUCCCAAAACUACGCCAAUCACUGAAGAUUACGAUAUCUCCAAUACAGUCCUUGGCCUUGGAAUCAAUGGAAAGGUGCUGGAAUGCAAAUCAAAACGCACAGGCGCCAGAAGGGCUCUGAAAGUCCUCCACGACAGUGCCAAAGCCAGAAGGGAGGUGGAGUUGCACUGGAGGGCCAGUGGGUGCAUCCACAUAGUCGAGAUCAUAGAUGUUUACGACAACACGUAUGGCGGCAAGAGAUGUCUGCUCGUCGUCAUGGAGUGUAUGGAUGGUGGGGAACUGUUCCAAAGGAUACAAGACAACAGAGAGGGUGCCUUCACUGAAAGACAAGCUGCUGAGAUAAUGCAUUCCAUAUGCGUGGCAGUCCGGCAUCUACACGACUCCAACAUAGCUCACCGGGACAUCAAACCCGAGAACCUCCUGUACACCAGCAUGGAGCCGAACGCGGUUCUUAAACUCACUGACUUCGGUUUCGCGAAAGAGACUUUGACACCCGCUGACACAUUGCAGACGCCUUGCUAUACGCCAUACUAUGUCGCACCGGAGGUAUUAGGACCCGAGAAGUAUGACAAAUCGUGUGACAUAUGGUCAUUGGGUGUCGUCAUGUACAUAUUGCUCUGUGGUUUCCCGCCUUUCUACUCGAAUCAUGGGCUCGCCAUAUCACCGGGAAUGAAGAAGCGCAUCAGAUUAGGUCAAUACGAUUUCCCUGAACCAGAAUGGUCGAACGUGUCAGCAGAAGCGAAGAAUCUCAUCAGAGGCAUGCUUUCAGUGGAUCCAGCGAAACGACUGACUAUACACCAAGUAAUGGCAAGCCCUUGGGUCCGUCAAUACACUCAAGUGCCUCAAACUCCCCUCUACACCAACACCUUGUUAAGGGAGGGGGGAGACGCGUGGGCCGAAGUUCAAGACGAAAUGACGAGGUCUUUAGCCACCAUGAGGGUAGACUACGAUCAGGUACAAAUCAAAGCUUUGGAGCAAAGCAACAAUUCCCUACUAAACAAACGCAGGAACAAAGUAGGGGCCUGAAGAGACGAACGGGGAAAUAAACCUAAUUGUAUUACUCUUAAGGUCGAUUAUAUUAAUCAAAGCAUUUCAUUAGAACAUCUCAAAAACAGCUGAGAAAUUGUGUUAUCUCCGUCAUGUUGAUUAAGAAUGAAAGAGAUGACUCUAUUUUUACUUAAAUCUUCCUACUCUUGACGUGUUAUUUUGUAGCAAGAAGUGUAUUAAGCUUGUUAGUUUCGUUCGUGAACGAAUUCUAAGCUUCUCAAACUGUGAACAGCACAUAAAGUGGUUCUCAACCUGUUUAUUAAUAUAAGAAAAAGUUAUUCGAUUAUGAAAAAGAAAG